GAUGUGAACUCUAAAGCACAUGACAGUAAUGUAGUGAGUCAGCUGUGGUGUGUGAUGUUGAGCGUCUCCUCCCUCUGCCCCUCCUCCUGUCUCUCUUAUAGCACGUCCCUGCAGUCUCUCCUUUAUCUGCUCGUCACGCCGCUCAUCUCUUCACUCAGCACCAGAGUCCCAUCACACACGGACACCAUGCUGCCAGCGCUCUGCUCUCUCUUCACUGCUCUCUCAUGUGUCAGUGGUGUGACUGUGGUGACACAGAAGCCUCCUGUUCUCACACUGACUGCAGGACAGACGGCCAACAUGGACUGUAACCUGGGGACUGUCACUACUAGUGCUGCACGCUGGUACAAACAGGUUCCUGGAGGAGUUCCUCACACGUCCCUGCAGUCUCUCCUUUAUCUGCUCGUCACGCCGCUCAUCUCUUCACUCAGCACCAGAGUCCCAUCACACACGGACACCAUGCUGCCAGCGCUCUGCUCUCUCUUCACUGCUCUCUCAUGUGUCAGUGGUGUGAUUGUGGUGACACAGAAGCCUCCUGUUCUCACACUGACUGCAGGACAGACGGCCAACAUGGACUGUAACCUGGGGACUGUCACUACUAGUGCUGCACGCUGGUACAAACAGGUUCCUGGAGGAGUUCCUCAGUAUGUGUUAAGGCAUUAUCAUGGCUGGAGCUCUCCUAGCUAUGGAUCUGGUUUCUCGUCUCCUAAAUUCACAUCAACAUACUCGUCUAAAUCAGAUUAUAAACUGAUAAUCAGUAAUGUGGAGGUGGGAGACUCAGCAGUGUAUUACUGUCACACAUGGGACAGCUCUGCUAAAGAGCACGUAUUCGGCCAAGGAACAAAGCUGAUCGUCAGCAACGCUGCUCUCCCGUCUCCUGUUCUGAAGGUUCUCCCUCCGUCCACUGAAGAGCUGAAGACUAAUAAAGCCACUCUAGUGUGUUUGGCCAGCGACAUGUCUGUGGGUUUCGCUGACGUGAGUUGGCUCGUGGACGGGAAAUCGGUCACCAGUGGAGUCAUCACCGGCUCUGCACAGCAGCAGGACAAUAAGAAGUUCACACUGAGCAGCUAUUUGACCAUCGACAGCUCCGAGUGGGACAACGACAAAGUCAUAACGUGUGAAGUGUCUGCUGGAGGAAAAGCCGCAUCGGUGAAGAUUAACAAGUCUGAAUGCAGUGAAUGAACCAGAUUAUUGCUUUAUACAUAUAUAAAUGUUUCAGCAAUGUUUUUUAGAUGUUCUAGCUGAAUGUGUAGAAAAAUAAAGGAUAUAAACUCCUGCAUGUAAUCAAAAUAGAAGCGUAAUUAAAGUGCAGUCCUGAAAAAGAAAA